CAUCAGGAAGUGUGCUCACAAUGAUAAGCAGUGACUAACACUCGUAGACCACGUGACCAGCCAGGGAGCGGCAACUAACAGCAGCUGAUUCUCCACAGUGGGGAAAAUUGAACAAAUAUUUGGUGGCAGGUUUUUCCUUGGUGUCUUAACAGUUUAAAACAGUUACUCGUGGCAAAAUAGAUCGUCUCUGUGCAAUUACCGAGGAUACGAACUUUUUUUUUUUUUUUUUAAUCCAAGAUUCGGAGAUAUCGUCUGAGGUGCUUGUCACGCUGCGGACUUGCUAACAGAAAGAUUUCUCACUCAUGAGUGUGUGUGGGCAGAUUGUUGCCAUUGUUCUGUAGGGAUAGAGUAGUGUGUAAAGAUCAGUUCAAGAUGCUGAGCAUGGUAACCAUGGCAACAGCUGCCGCUCUGCUGAUUUUGUAUCCAGGGGGCGCAGCGCAAGAAGAUUGGUGUGAUCCAGGCUGGAAUACUUUUACUACCACCUGCUUCAAGCUUUUCACGGAACCCAAGAGCUGGUCAGCUGCUCAGACGUACUGUGAAGAAAUGGAUGGCAACCUUCUGUCUGUGAACGCCACGCCAGGACUGGAGCGAGUUACAAAGGAAAUGAGUCACAAAAAGCAAAGCAGCUGGUGGACAGGUUGGCACAAAAGAAUCGAAAACGAAACUGUGAUUGAUUUAGAUGCGAGGAUUUCCUUUCUCAAUCAGUUGUGGGGAAAAGGUGAGCCUAACUACAGACACAAGGAGGACUGUGCAGAGAUUACCAUUAAUGGCACGUUGAACGAUGCUCAGUGUAACCGAAACAACAACUUCAUCUGUGUCAAAUUUUCAACAUCAGGACAGGAGUCUACCCAGACCAUCGAGGACUGUGGCCCCGGGUGGUUCCUGAUGCAUCGCGCCUGCUACAAGCUGUCCACAGACGCCUUGCCUUGGGAAAGUGCGAAGAAGAACUGCGAGGUGGAUGGCGGCUACCUGCUGUCCGUCAGCUCCGUGGCCGAGAUGAACCUUGAUAAAGAAGGAGAUGAGAAACGCCAACAGACGAAAUACUUGGUGGGUCGGGCUACAGAGGGCAGCACCAUACAGCAAAAUCGUGGGUGUGGCUUGAUUCAGGUUCACCUUUUUCAGCGAGAGUCACAAGAUGGAGUCCUUCGGAGCCGAACAAUGAGAACGGACGAGAGAACUGUGUGGAGAUCACCUCGGACGGCACCCUCAGCGACAAGGACUGCGAGGAAGUUCGGCCUUUUGUAUGCGAAAGACAUGAAAUAACUCCAAGACCUCGACUAGAAUACACUACAGAAGCGAUUACUUCCACAUCAACCACAACUCCUUUAACCACCACAACGAUCACCUCCACCUCAACAGCAACUACAA